AUGUCGGAGAAUCCUACGACAAACGGGCACGACGCCCUCGAAGAGAAACUCGGCCGCCUGGCUAGGAAACCCGGCAUCAAGGCCAGCCUCGUCUUGGACCGAGCAACCGGGGCAAUUCUCAAGACCAGCGGCCAGAUCGACGCGCUCCAGACGGCGAAAUCGCGAAACGCGUCAACGGCGGCCUCAUUCUCCAACGACGCUCCCGCAGCGGAGGAGGGCGAGGCGCAGGGCGUCGAAGAAUUUGCGGAAAUGAUCUGGAACUUUGUCAACAGCUCCGGGCAGCUAGUACAGGACAUGGACACAGAGGACGAAUUGAAAUUACUGCGGCUGCGAACGAAGAAGCAAGAGAUUGUCAUAGUGCCGGACCAGAAGUACCUGCUCACGGUCAUCCACGAUACUCAGCCGGCCUGA